UCCUCUCUCUCUCUCUCUCUCUCUCUCUCUGUCUCUCUCCCCAUGAAAAUUCUGCUGUAAAUCUCUCGGGAGAUAAAAAUAGAGUCUUUGGCUCUGUUGUGAAUAUGAAGGACGACCCAGAAGAGAAGGCUUCAGGCAUGCACUCUGCAUUUUCAGGUUUUGUGCUGGACCCUGAAAAAUGUAGCAGGCUAAGUUUGGGAGAGAAGAGAGAACUAGUCCAUGAGAUUGCCCAAUGGACAAAAGAAGCUCCAGAGAUGCUUAGUUCCUUUAGCCGUAAGGAGCUUGUUGAAAUGAUCUGUGCCGAACUGGGUGAGGAAAGGAAGUACAGAGGAUAUACGAAACCUAGACUGAUAGAUCGCCUGCUAAAGUCAGUUUCUGAGAAAUCAAAGAGUAAUACUAACAGUAAUCCUGCAUUUUCUCCGGUCAAAGUAGAAAUUGGAAAGAAAAGGAAACAGAGCACUGAAGCUUCCUUUCAACCAUUCACUGACCAAGGUCGUGUUUCCAUGGUGACUAGUAAAGAAGAACAUGCUAAAUUCCAACUUUGUCAGAAUGCAGCAUGCAGAGCUCCGUUAAGUUCAGAGCAAUCUUUUUGCAAGAGAUGUUCUUGCUGUAUCUGCCAUCUUUUUGAUGAUAACAAGGAUCCUAGUCUAUGGUUGACUUGUGACUCUGACAUUGUUGAUGAGAAUGGUCCAUGUGGAAUGUCAUGCCAUCUGGAAUGUGCUCUCAAACAUGAAAGAGCUGGGAUUGUGAAGAAUGGUUGCUGUCGCCAGUUGGAUGGAAGCUUCUAUUGCAUUGCUUGUGGAAAGGUCAAUGAUUUAAUGAGAACGUGGAGAAAACAAUUAGUGAUUGCCAAGGAAGCUAGAAGAGUUGAUGCACUGUGUCUAAGGAUUUCUUUAUCUCACAAAAUUCUUUUGCAUACCAAGAAAUACCAAAAAUUGCAGAACAUUGUAGAAACUGCCAUAAAAAGCCUGAACGAUGAAGUAGGGCCGUUAGAACAGGUUUGUGGAAAGAUGGCACGUGGAAUUGUUAACAGGCUCUCUUGUGGUGCUGAUGUUCAGAAACUGUGCGUUUCUGCAGUUGAAUCUUUUGACUCGAUGUUUUCUGAUCCUUGUUCUGUCCAUAUGGAAAAGAAAGAACUACCAACUUGCUGCAUCCAGUUUGAAGAGUCAUCCCCUUCUUCCGUCAUCAUUGUGCUAGAAUAUGAGGAUCAUCUUUUUAACAAUUUCUUAGGCUGCCGGCUGUGGCAUCGCAAGUCUGAUGAGAAGGAUUAUCCAGACCAACCUUCUUUCAUUGUUUUAAGGCCAGAGAAGAAAUUUGCUAUUGCUGAUCUGCAUCCUGCAACUGAAUAUUUCUGCAAGGUAUCUUUGUUUAGCAACACACAGACAUUGGGUGUUUGGGAAGCUAAAUGGGUGACGCCUGCAUUGUAUGAUAGCUUUGUUGCAUUAGAGAAACAGACAGGGGAAGAGAACACAGUAAUUGGUCAAAUUCUUUCCCAAGAAGAAUCAACCAAUAGUAGUGACAUCAAAGGAGAUCGUCCUGUGAAGUUUCAGUCAUCAAAUGGGAUCAACAAGAACCAGAAAAAAGGGCUCUACCCACUGCCUCGUUCAAUGGAAACUGCUUCAUUGAUCAAAGAAGCAGCGUCUCCAUUGACACCUUGCAAGUCCAAUGGAAUACGUGAAGCACCGAGCAUCAAAUGUACAAAGCGAGUGGAGGAAAGUGAUUAUGAAUAUUCGGUGAGGGCAAUUAAAUGGUUAGAGCAUGAGGGUCACAUAGAUGAAGAUUUCAGAGUAAAGUUUCUAACUUGGUUCAGCCUGAAAGCUACUAUGCAAGAGCGGAGAGUGGUCAGAGUGUAUGUGGACACUUUCAUUGAUGAUCCAUCAAGCUUGGCUGGGCAGCUCAUCCAUACCUUUGUGGAAGAGAUUUGUUUUCAGCCAAAAGAAUACCAGUUUCUCAGCCUGGGCCUUACACAAGGUUGUGAUAUCAAAUUUUGAAUAGGGAGUUCGUUUUUAUCCAGAAAAUUAGUGGAUAGGACAUGGUUUAGAAAUGUAGGUUUUUCAGAUGGAAACGUAGUCAUCUAAUUGAUCAUAGAAAAGAGUUCGCUCUUUGAUUUUCAUUUCUCCUUUGUUAAGGUUAGGAUUAGAGGUUAAAUUGCGUAUAAUCAUCAAGUUUUCUCUAUUUUAAUUUUUUAACAUUUAAAUGGAAGGCAAA